CCAUCACCUUUCUUCAACCACAAGCCUCCUACGUCAUUUAGAUCCAAUUAUACCUAUAAAAAUAUGCACUAUAAAACAAGCACCACCACCACCACCACCACCACCAAGUUCACCGAAAUAAUGGCUGCAGCUGCUCCACUUGCAAUAGGCACAAGGGGCACUGUAGGAUCUUUGGUGAGGAAGGAAAUUGAGUAUUUCACUAAGCUUGAGCUAGACCGCAAUGGAAGCUCAAGGAAGCCUAGGAGCCAUGUUGUUGAUAUGGGUUCUUGCGGUCGCAGUAAUUCCAGGUCCGGUUUCUGGUUCUUGACAAUGACAUGGAAAAGGAAGAAGCCUAAAGUCAGCAGGGGGUUCCUACCAAGGAUAUGUUCUGUUUCGGAAGUUUCAGAAACUAAUCGGCUUAAUGGGAUUUCUGGCUUCAAUUACAUGAUUCUUAAGGAUGAUGUGAAGUACUUCGAUGUUUAGAUGAGGUUCUUGAAGAGAUGACUGUUUUUCUCAGCUGUAUAUCUAUGCAAGUUUGUAUGGAAACCCCAGGCUUUUUCCAAAGGAUCUAUUGGAAACUCAUCUGAUCUGACAUUUGGUCUUGUCUUUUAAGAACUCCAUUAUCAUUACUUGGUUGCAGUCAUCAACUUCCAUAGAGUUGGCGAGCAGUUUUGCUUUACCUAUUCAGUUUAUCGUUGCUGCUCUCUAGAUUCAAAUCCUUCUGGUUCUUUACCAUCAUCUAUAGGUUCCAAGAAAAGGUCUGUAGAAUCAUCCGACAUGUGAAAGAACUGGAUUUAUGAAGCUUGUUAUAUAGAUUUAGUGUUCAAAAACGAUGAAUUAAUUAUGCAUGAACAACAUUGUUGUAUAUUUUACAUGCAAAUUGAAGAACAUUGUUGUUAUA